AAAGACUCGGCGGCGUCCUUCACCUGUCAUUCAAAAGAGGGUUUCAUAUCGACACACGAGUACCUCAACGCAAACAGUUGGCCAGCCAUUCAAACACAAGUGCGCAGCAGCAACACGCCCAAGUCGCCCCGCGAAUCUCCAUCCCCAGCACACAGCGUCGAGGAUUGUCAAAUACGCAGCAGCAGCAGCGCAACAUGGCGAGCGACGAAGACUACAUGGCCUUCCUCAACAAGGCAAACCAGGACGCAGAGGAAGGGCAAGCGGCGGCAGCGUCCUCGGCGCAGAGCGCGGGACAACAGCGGACGUUUAAGACGCAGGAUGAGGGGAGCGCGUUGCCUCAGAGCAUUGCAGAUGUUUUGAAGGAUGCGUUUUACGUGAGCGAGGCGGAUGAGCCGUUCAAGGGGGUGUCUCUGAAGUGGAAGGGCGAAGGGGGGCUUCCCGAUGAAGUUGAAUUCGCAAAACUGAUCCAACACUGGGACGCCGAAAACGCUCAAGUCGACAUCAUGGACCCUGUCGACUGGGACUCGGACGGACAAUACGCAAACAUCAUUGAUGCUGUGAGCGAGGCUACUCGUGGAAACGAUGUUAGGGUGUAUAGGGUUGCGAGGGAUCUGACGAGAGCGGAAUAUUGGGUGAUCUCGCGGGAUGAUAAAGAGGAUAGGAUUGUCGGAGUGAAGGCAUUGGGGGUUGAGUCGUGAGAUGAUGUUUCGCGGGUGGACGGGCUUUGAUACUAGAGAGAAACAAUAUGUAAUUUUGCAUCUUGCUUGGGAAUUUAUUUCAUGAUUCUAUCG